GCCAAUUUAUUCUGAUCGCCACUAGUGCGCAGUUGGCGGGCAUCUCUCCAUCAGAGUCUCGUAGUUGGAACUCAGUCCUCGACAGAGUAGACUGGUGUGUUCUAUGCCGGCUCCGUCUCAAUUUAGGACCACUUGUGCUGUACUUAGAGCCGUGUAUAUUUUUUUCUGUACGCAAUGGACAAAAUGCCCGAGGAGGACGAGGAGUCCCCGGUGUCCACGGCUCCUGCGACACCCACCUCUCCGCUGGAGAUCAAGAUGUUGCCGUUAUUCAUGGAUUUCGAGGACUUCAACAUUUGCCAGCCAGCUCCUUUUUCCUACGACGACAAGGCCAUGCUGGAGCUGGAGCGGUGUGACUACACCCAGCGGAUCACCUAUCAGAUGGCCAGAGCCGGCAAGACUUCUCGCAGGGUGCGGGUGUAUUCCGAUGGCAUCUACGACCUGUUCCACCAGGGCCAUGCCCGCCAACUGAUGCAGGCAAAGAACAUAUUCCCGAACGUCUAUCUCAUCGUGGGCGUGUGCAAUGACGAGCUGACCCUCAGGAUGAAGGGACGCACGGUGAUGAACGGAUUCGAGCGGUACGAGGCGGUGCGCCAUUGUCGCUAUGUGGAUGAGAUCGUUCCGAAUGCUCCUUGGUCGAUAAAUGAAGAGUACCUCAACGAACACAAGAUCGAUUUCGUGGCUCACGAUGACCUGCCCUACGGAGCCGGCGGAGUCAACGACAUCUAUGCCCCGCUGAAGGCGCGCGGCAUGUUCGUGGCCACGGAGCGCACCGAGGGCGUGUCCACUUCGGACAUUGUGGCCCGAAUCGUGAAGGACUACGAUGUGUAUGUGCGCAGGAAUCUGGCCAGAGGCUACUCCGCCAAGGAGCUCAACGUGUCCUUCCUCUCCGAAAAGAAGUUCCGUUUGCAGAACAAGAUGGACGAGCUAAAGACUCGGGGAAAGCGGGAGCUGACCAAGGUGAAGGUGGACAUCAUCACCAAAUGGGAGGAAAAGUCACGAGAGUUUAUUGAUGCCUUCCUGCUGCUGUUCGGCAGGGAGCGGCUGAACAAUCUGUGGAACGAGUCCAAGGGCAGGAUCAUCCAGGCCCUCAGUCCACCGGGCAGUCCGAAUGGCUCCAUCAACGGCGACGAUGCGGACACAACAGAUGGCGAAGGUUCCGAGGACGAGUACAUGGAGUUGCCGCCUGAAUACGGAGCGGGAAGUGGAGGUUCCCUCAACAGAAGACACAAGCGCCGCGGCCAGAUGGACCCUUCUCAGAGUGCCAACGACGAGGCGGACGCGGACCAUCCGGAUCUCGAGUACGAGCGACGCAGCGAUUGACGACGGAUUUGGCUAGCCUUUAAAAUCACCUCUUCCUCCAUCCUUUCAAGUGUAAAUUAAUUCGUUUGAAUCUCGUUGGAACAACGCAAUACUAGCACGUCAUUUCUACCUUACCACUGGGGGCUAUGAAAGGAACAACAAUCAGGGGUCAAUUGAAUGUCAUUCAACACACAAUUACCAGUUUAAAAUACAUCAUAUCACUACGAUUUGACAAGGUGGUAUUUGAUAUUUUACUUGCUGCCUUUAUUGUAUCGGUUAUGCUUAUGAGUAAUGUGAAUAUAAGUUGGGUUAAAUUAUAGAUUAGCUAAAUGAUUUUUCAAAUCCUCCUCAACGAAAGAACUCCCGCAUGUUUGUUAUUUGAAAUAACGUUGAAAUAUUCGCAUCAAACAAAAAAUACAAUAAACUUGUAAACUUGA